CAAAUUUGGUUUUCGGGAUCUCAAGUCGUAAAUUUCUCAUCUAAAAUGGGUGGAGCCCAGAAGGGAUUUGGACUACACGGGCAAAAUCGGGCCCUCAUUGAUAUUCAGUCGGCAGCUGUUAAUUAAACUCUAGUUUGGGCGAAAUACAGUGAAGCUGUAACCACAUGCCGAAACUACCGAUGAUUUAAUCCUGCAGAUUAUUGAGCAGCGUGGUGGAACUGGAAAUUCAGAUAGUUUUUGCUUUAUUGAAAGAAAAAUGCCUUCAGGUGCGAAAAGACGAAAGGCUGCUAAAAAGAAGAAGGAGAAGGAGAUAGGGCUGCACGUACAAACUUCAUCUCAACCUUUGCAAGAAGAUUCAGGGAAUGAGCACAAUCAUGAUUAUGAUCAUGAGUCUGUGAAUGAAGACGAUGUAGGCACACCCAAAUCAUAUGUUCAAAUCAAUGAAGGAGAGGAGAAGGGCGAGGGUGGAUCUCCGGUUCAACAAAAGGAAAAUCAUGGCGAGGGAAGGGAAAAUCCACCCAAAACCUCAGGUUUUGAUAUGACACGCAGUAACAGUUCAGCAGUCCCGGAGAAUGGUUUAGAAAGGGUAAACGAGCCAGAGGUUUUAUUUUCAGAGGUAUUGCAUGAUGACGAUGUUUUAGUUAGAAACAUGGGCCCGUUGAAUGAUAAAGAAGAAGGUCAUCCGAAGGGAACUAGUGAUGGAGAUGAAAUCUACUCAGGUGAGAUUGAAACGAGAACAGAUGUGGGCUUAAUAGGUUUUAAUUUUCGGAGUGGUGUCGAUGACGAAAGUGAGGUUUCGUCUUUUAAACAGUUACCUAAUGAGAAUGAAUCAAAUCAAACUACUGAUGUACGUGAUAAUUCUCCCAAGGAUGUCACACAAGUUGACUUAAGAAGCCCAUCUCCGGAAUUGGAGAGCAGUGAUGGCGAUGAAAGUAAACUUGAUAUUGCAUCUACCUUGGCAGUAUUUGAUACUAAUGACUCUAUUCAGAGCUUGGGUUCUGUGGAAUCUCCUGGAUCCUCUCAAAGCAUAAGCUCGCAGAUGUUUACAGAUCAGACUUCUAAUGAUGGGACUGCUUUCAUGUCUCAAGAUAAAGAGGGCGUAUCAGAAGGUAUUUCGGAAACUCUGUUUCAGGAUUUAAGUAGUGAGUCAGAAUCUGCUGAUACACAACAUUCUAAGUUUAACCAAGAAGAAGAUGAAAAUGAGAGUUAUCUAUAUCCAGAUGUUAUUGAGGGUUUUCAAAAUGAUGAGAAUAUUCUGAUUCUGGAAGAAGUUGUUAGUGACAAUUGUGUUGCGGUAGUGGAGGAAUUGAGUGAAUCAGUUAGUAAUUGUGAAAACAUCCAAGGAUCAGAACUAAUUUCUUCAGGUAUUGCUAGUAAAGAAAGUGAAGCAAUUACUGAAGUUGAGGAAAAUAUUGUAAAAUCACUCGAUGUGCCUUUGCCCAAGUUGGAAUCUAGUACUGUAAAGGAUACAGUAGUUAUGUCGAUUGAUAAAAAAGCCAGAGAAGAUUUGGUUUCAACCAGUGGAGAUUUGAUUUCAACCUGUGGAGAAGCCAGUAGAGAAGCUAUUGGAGAUCUGAUUUCCACUGUUGGAGUAGCCAACAGUACUGUGAUCCCAACGAGGGAAGCUAUCAGAGAUGUGAUGUCAACUGGGGAAGCCAGCGGAGAUAUGGGCUCAACCAGCAGAGAAGCAAGUGGUGAUUUGGUGUCAACCAAUGGAAAAUGCAGCGGACAUGUGGUCUUAACCAGUGGAGAAUUCAGUGGAGAUGAGGUUUCUAAUGCCCGAGAAGUCCACGGAGAUGUGGCUUCUAACAAUAGAGAAUCCUUUCCAGAUGUGGCCUCAACUGGGGUAGAAGCCAGCAGAGAGGUCAUGGGGUCAUCUCAUAGUGAAGGCACCUCGGUUGACUCCAAGGAAACAUCCAAUCCAAAAUUGCAUCCCCAAAAUGGAGAAAAUGAGAAUGCUACUUUGUUGCAAAGGAAAUCACGGACAUCCUGGUUGAAUUGUUGUGGCAUUUUAGAGCUUUUCACAUCCUCGCAGAGCUAAAGUGAGGUUCAAUAUAUGACGAAUGCUUUUGCUUUGGACAUCAGCUGUAGUAGUAUUUGCUUGUUCUACUGGAGUUAAUACCUUCCCAUGAAAAUGCUUAAACAAUAAUGGUAUAUUAGUUUCAGCUCAGAAUGUGUAUGUUAACAAUUGUAUUCGUACCACUGCAUGUGGAUUGUUUCAUUUAGAGGAUCAUGUCUUCACAAAACCUGAGAUAUGCAUCAUUUGCAUAUGUUUUUGUAUUAUUGCUGGAGAGUAUUAGGUUUCUUCAAUAAAUAUUUCAGAUAAUGUCUUAAAUAUGAUUUGCAUUUUUGCAAUGCAAAUGAUCUAUUGUAUUGAAAAUUGGCACUCUCUGCUUCACUCCAAUAUUUUCAAGGAGCAUAGUUGUUCUAAGUUCAUGCUACA